AUGACGACGCGUGCGCUGGUUCCCGUGCUGGUGGCUUUCAUGCUCUUGACCGGAGUAUGCAACACGCUGCUCACCAAGUACCAAGACAUGCAAUGCGUGGCCAAAUGCGACACCGAUCACCCUAAGCUAUUCGAACAGCCCGUGCUCCAGACCCUCCAGAUGUUCGUCGGCGAGUCCGGAUGCUGGCUCGUCGUCUUCUUCUCCUACCUAUACAAACGCCUCCGAAAGCAAAGAUUAUCGCUCGACGAUACUACAUACCAGUCCGUGGCUUCAGAAGAGCAAGGAGAAGAGGAGGAGGAUGACGACGAAGGCGUCACCAAUCUGAGCUCGUCUCAGACGCUGAUAGAUCCCACAAACCUCUCCACGGCCAAGCCAUUCGCCGAUGCAGAAGACAAUGCUCAGCGACAGCCGCUCACUGGCGUCAAGAUACUCAUGCUGGCAUCUCCGGCCAUCUGCGACAUCUGUGGGACAACCCUCAUGAACGUGGGGUUGUUCUUCGUUGCGGCAUCAAUCUACCAGAUGACAAGAGGCGCUCUCGUACUCUUUGUAGGCCUUUUCAGCGUCUUGUUCCUCAGACGCCAUCUUGGUGCUUGGAAAUGGAUAAGCCUGUUUGUUGUCGUGCUUGGUGUCGCUAUUGUCGGUCUUGCAGGCGCCUUGGAGCAGCACAAGCCGGAACUCCCAGGCAACACUCAACCAGAUGACAAGACAGACCUUUUCAAGAGAGUUGCGAUCUUACUUCGUGAUGAGGUCUCAUCAUUGGAGGUCCACACGGCAGCCGAGACCGUACUGGGCUUCUUUCUGAUUGCUGCUGCCCAAAUAUUCACGGCCACCCAAUUUGUGCUUGAGGAGUCUAUCAUGGAGAAGUAUUCUAUGGACCCCUUGCAAGUCGUUGGUUGGGAAGGCAUCUUCGGCUUCACUGUUACGCUCAUCGCUACAGGCGUACUUCACGCUGCUGUGGGCCGAACGGACGCUGGCCGCGGCGGCUACUUCGACGCCCGUGAAGGCUUCUACGAGAUGUUCCACUAUCCCUCCAUCGGAAUAACCUCACUUCUCAUUAUGAUCUCUAUCGGUGGCUUCAACUUCUUUGGUCUGAGUGUCACUCGACAAAUUUCUGCUACAGCACGAAGCACUAUCGACACUUGCAGAACGCUCUUCAUCUGGAUUGUUAGCUUGGGCCUUGGAUGGGAGUCCUUCAAGUGGCUGCAGGUUCUCGGCUUUGCCGUGCUGGUCUAUGGCACAGCGGUCUUCAACGACGUAAUCAAUCCGCCUACUGUUGCCUUCCUCCGUCGACGCAAGCGACAGGCUAUCGAGAUUGGAGAGGAGGAACGAUAG